CCCACCAUUGCUGAUACUUUUGGACACGGCAGUGUGAUUCCGACCAUUGACUCACCCGUCCGUACCUGCGGCCGUCUGCCAUUUCCCACCGCAAUCUACGGCCAAGGACACAAUCGCAAAUCCAAUUUUUGCCAUGGCGACCAACGUCAACGCCGCGGCUCUCGACGAGUCGCCCGUGCCCGACGCGGUCCAGCCCAAGCAGCAAAAGCAGACCGUUGAUCCCUACAAUGUGUCUGGCGAAGUGGGCGAGGACGGCGUGGUCAAGGCCAUCGACUACAACAAGUUGAUCGACGAGUUCGGCACCAAGAAGAUCGACGACGAGCUGCUCGCUCGCUUCGAGCGCGUGACCGGCAAGCGGCCACACCACUUCCUGCGCCGAGGCAUUGUCUUCUCCCACCGAGACUUCGAGCUCAUCCUGGACCGAUACGAACGCGGCGAGCCCUUCUUCUUGUACACGGGCCGCGGGCCCUCGUCCGACAGCGUCCACAUCGGGCACACGAUUCCGUUCGAAUUUACAAAGUGGCUCCAGGACACAUUCGACGUGCCUCUCAUCAUUAUGUUGACAGACGAUGAGAAGUACUUGUUCUCGGAGAAGCGAACGAUCGAGGAGGUCCAGGGGUAUUGCAACGACAACGCCAAGGAUAUCAUUGCCAUUGGCUUCGAUCCCGCCAAAACGUUCAUCUUCUCCGACUUCGAUUAUGUCGGCGGCGCCUUCUACAGAAAUAUCGUCCGCCUGUCCAAACACAUCACGCUCAAUCAGGCACGUGCCAUCUUUGGCUUCAACGACAGCACAAACAUUGGCCGUAUUCACUUUGGGAGUAUUCAAGGCGCAACCAGCUGGGCGUCGUCAUUCCCACACAUCUUCGGCGAGGACGAGACGAAGACGGUCGGGAUACCGGCGCUCAUCCCAUGCGCCAUCGACCAAGAUCCAUGUGAGCACUGCGCUUUCUUGACGAUAGCACACACCGAACUAACCAGAGCAGACUUCCGUAUGACGCGAGACGUGUCGGCAAGGCUAAAAUACCAGGGCAAGCCCUACGCCAAACCAGCACUCAUCCACUCCCUGUUCCUGCCAGCUCUCCAAGGGCCCGGCACCAAGAUGUCGGCGUCGAUUGACGAGUCCGCAAUCUUCAUGAGAGACACACCCAACCAGAUCAAGAAUAAGAUCAACAAGUACGCCUUCUCCGGCGGCAAGGUGUCAAUCGAAGAGCACAGGCAAUUCGGGGGCGACACCUCGGUCGACGUGGCCUUCCAGUACCUGCGCUUCUUCCUCGAGGACGACGAGGAGCUCGAGAAGAUCAGGGUCGCGUACGAGAAGGGAGAGAUGCUGACGGGCGAGUUGAAGGCCAUCUGCAUCAGGGAGCUGCAGAGAUACGUCUCCGCCUUCCAGGAACGGAGGGCAAAGGUGGACGACGAGACGGUCAAGCUGUUUAUGCAGAGACGGCCGCUGAAGUGGGGCGGCAACCCCCGGGCGCCUAUCGUCGUGCCCAAAGUCGAGGACGGCGAUGCCGGCGAGGCGAAGGAGGAUGGCGAAGGCAAGAUGACCAAGAACCAGCUCAAGAAGCUGGAGAAGCUGAGGCAGGCGGAGGCGAAGAAGGCGCAGAAGAAGGCUGAGAAGGCGGAGCAAGCUGCUGCGAAGACGGCGUAAGCCGGGCUAGCGGGGUGGGAGUUGGUGAGGCGCUGCCAUGGCUAGAGAUAGAAGGUCUGCGAUUUCUACAUGGUAUCGUGGGAUGUAUCCGUAGAGCGAUCUCGAAGCGAGUUGGGUGGAAAUACAUGAGAGAGUGCGAUGCCGGCCUCGGCCCCGUUUCAGGAGGCGGCAAGUCGAUGAAAUCGCAGCGCUUGCUCUUUCGAGGCUCCAUUUGAUGGACAAGGGGAGCUGAAGCUGACCUGAAAUUUACCGCAGCGAG